AGGGUGCGCUCCAGAAUAAUUCCGUCUGUUAUAGCUCGAAACCUGUGCCUGUAGACAACUGCUAAGACACAUUUCAUACAUGAUGUAUCCAGCUAGCCAUUGAACUGAAAACGUAUAAGUUAAUAGUAUCAAUUCAUUAUUUCAGCCCGGAUGCAAAUGUCCAGACAGCUAGCUAGCAAACUAGCCCACGAACAAAAGGAAAAAAGUGACGGUGCAGAGAGUGGGAUAGGGCUCUAACACCCCAAGACUAUUCAUUUUCUCACAGAUAUCUAGUAUGUUGAGAGACUCAACGGCAUUAGAGCGCUUGCCAGUCCACCAGCAGAAAGCACCUUCCCUUCGGCAGCAGUGCAAGAUGCCAGUGUCCCUGACCAGCGUCCACUCUACCGAGGAUAGACAUGGAGGGGACACGGACACCAAGCUCGGCAACAGGUUUGACGAGGGACAAGAGGUCCUAGCCCGAUGGUCGGAUGGGCUGUUUUAUUUGGGGACUAUCACAAAGAUAAAUAAGGACAAGCACCGCUGCUUUGUUGUCUUUGAAGAUCGGUCCAAGUCCUGGGUUCUGUGGAAGGACAUUCAGACAGGGGACGAGGGAGGAGAGGACAUGGUCUGCACAAUAUGCCAGGAUGAGUGCUCAGAGGAUCCCAACGAGAUUGUCAUCUGCGACAAGUGUGGACAAGGAUACCACCAGCUCUGCCACUCACCCAUCAUCGACUCCAGCCUGAUCGACACCGAUGAGAAGUGGCUCUGUAGGGAGUGUGUGUUCGCCACAACAGAGAAGGGUCCCAAAGCCCUGCAGGAGCUGAAGCAGUCUCUACCUUAUUCCCUAGAGGACCUGGCGUGGGACCAGGGCCACAAGACCAACAUCCAGCAAUGUUACUGCUACUGUGGAGGGCCUGGAGACUGGUACCUGAAGAUGCUGCAGUGCAACAGGUGUAAGCAGUGGUUCCACGAGGCAUGUAUCCAGUGUUUUAAGACGCCCAUGCUCUAUGGAGACAGGUUCUAUCUAUUUAUUUGCUCAGUUUGCAGUAGUGAACCAGAGUACCUCAAACGACUGCCUCUUAGAUGGGUGGACGUUGCACACCUGAGCCUCUACAACAUGAGUGUGAUUCACAAGAAGAAGUACUUUGAUUCUGAGCUGGAGCUGAUGACUUACAUCAACGACAACUGGGAGCAAAUGCAGCUCGGGGAGCUUUCAGCCACUCCUCAGUCGGACCGAUAUGAAAGUAUUUUGGAAGCACUGAAUAGCAACCACAGCAUGUUCAUGUCAGGGAAGGAGAUCAAGAAGAAGAAGCACCUCUUUGGGCUGAGGAUCCGUUUUCCUCCGGGUCCCCAGAGCUCUGACCUGCUGGCCAACAGAGGGGAGCCAGAGAGGGCCUCCAACGAGAUCAAGAUCAAAGGCAGGAAGGCUAUCAAGCCUCUUACCAACACAAGUGAAGUAACCAAUGGCGUGGUGAAGAAGGCCAAGAAGAUGAAGAAACAGGGAGGUCACUCCCUAGCGACUCUGGCCAAGCGAAGUUGCUCCAGUGAACUCUUGGCCCAGGAUAUGAAGCCACCACCACCUCUGGAUAUCCAGUCCUUAAGAAGCAGCAGGAGUGACAGAUCUCUUCCCUCCUCCAGUACCUCCGAGAUGGAAUCCAUCAGUGCCGUCCGCACCACUGAAACUACCUCAACUAGCCUCUCCAGACAGUACAGCUUGUGUAGCUCCAGUAAGACGUUCACGGGUCGCCACUGGCCCAUCGCCCAGCCCCCCCUGAAGAGGAGACGGGGCCGGCCACGUCGGGCCCUCCAGCCCCCCAACCCUGAGAUCCCCCUCCUCACCAGCCAGACCCCCACCACCUCCCAGAGCCCCCAACCCCUGCCGGGGCUCCACUCCACGGACAUAGUGCACGGGCUGGGCCAAGGUGGUCAGCUGUCCCACCUGAAGAGCUCAAUCAGUAGCUACUUUGGGGUGGCAGGCCGCCUGGAGUGCGGGGAGAAGUACCGCAUCCUAGCUCGCCGGGUCACCCUGGACGGCAAGGUUCAAUACCUGGUGGAGUGGGAGGGCGUCACUGCCUCCUAAACUUGUCAUAGCGCUUACGUAGUUUAUUACACAUACGUAGCGCUUAACAUGUUUAUACAGCGUUUAUAAAGCAUUGUAAACUGGGUGGUUCUGAAUGCUGAUUGGCUGAAAGCUGUGGUAUAUCAGGCCGUAUACCACGGGUAUGACACACUUAUUUUUACUGCUCUAACUACAUUGGUAACCAGUUUAUAAUAGCAAUAAGGCACCUCGGGGGUUUGUGGUAUAUGAACAGCCUAAUGACCGCCCUUAGCCGUGGUAUAUUGGCCAUACACCACCCCCCUCUGCUUAAUUGCACUCUCCUUCUGAGAUCGGGCUUCCCCGUGUUGCCCAGUCUGGAACGGCGCUUGCGUUUCCAGUGAUAUGCUCCAGUGAUAUGGUCUUUCUGUGACUUGUCUUUUGUGUUUGAGAUCUGUUUCGGUUUUGUAAACUGAAGAGGUUAAGAGAUCAGCUUUGACAGAAUGUAAAAUGAAUGGUGUUUAGAGUGGCUAGGUAGGGGGUGUGAAUGGUGUUUGAGUGUCUUUGCGCCUGACCUGAUAUGUUGAAAGUGUUUGCAAGUAGUUGAUGUUCGAGAGGGACUCAAACAACAGAGAUGAUGUUGUGCUGCUGCAAACCGUUUAUUAUGAAUUAUUAUAUAUCUUUACUUUUCUAAGUUUUUAUUGAUAUGCCUCGAGUGUCUAAUGAGACAGUUCAUUUUUUUACGAUUUCGAUUUGAUUGCACAUACUGUAUCAAGUUCAGCCUGUUCUCAGCAAUUCUCCUGAACCCGUUGUACCCAGGCUCAUAAAAUCACUUUCUGUCUUUGGCAGCUGAAAGCGUGUAACCUCUAGCUCUAAUCUCUGCUUAAUGUUCUGCAAAUCAUCUCACUAUGAAUAGUAUUAAUUUCACUGUGUUCUAGUCCAAAUCUACACUAUGUCAAGGUUUUACUCAGACUUUUCUAAUGCAUUAUUAAUUACUGGUAGAAUUUGCUUUGAGGGCUGAGCUUGUGUAAAAGAACGUUAGUGACUGAAUUCAUGUGUAUGUGGUAACUGGUACCGUUAGGCCGUGUUACAUUUGAAAGGUUGAGUAAUGUACCCACGUUUUUACUUGUGUUCUACAAUAUACAGUGGGGCAAACAAGUAUUUAGUCAGCCACCAAUUGUGCAAGUUCUCCCAC